UACGGUUGCCUACUAUUUGUUAUCACUUAUAUUAUACCACCACAAAAUUGGUUGAAUUGCUAGAUUAGUUUAAAUUUAUCAAAACAAUGAAGUUCGACGAUUUUCACCCCACAACUAGGCUGCCGCUUCGUGAACGCACCCUAGCACAGCCUACUAAAAAGUCCCACUUUUGGGCAUUUUGAGGUUAUGUACGAUAAACAAAUAACAACAAAAAUAGCCUUGUCAACACAAAAACAAACUCUUUUUGACGAAGUAUAAGCUGAUGUCACUUGUGCCAAACUUGGGAAGGUUUGGCCCGAAAUACAGUAUGCACUAUUGCAAGAUUUGCCAAUACUUCACAAUGGUAAACCACGCCAAACGCCACCGUUUGCCUGUUCUACCCUUCAACUGCGAAAACGCCCCCUUGGAAAAGUAUUACUGCCAAUGUUGUAAUUUCCAAACGGAUUUAAUCACUUCUUUGAAAAGACACAUCAAGAAGUAUCAUUGUGUGAAGACUGAAAACGUCACACAGGUGACAAAUGUGGAGUUCAGUCCUACGAAUUACGUUUGUAAGGAGUGUGAUUUCGACACACAUUCGUUGCUGAAGUGGUUUCAACAUACACACCGAUGUUGUGAGGAUGCAGUUGCUUCUGACACGUUAAACAAAAACAAUAAAGUGCUCGUUUGGUACAAAUGUGACCAGUGUGAGUAUAAGUCGGUGCACCGAAACGGCUUAAAACAACACAACAUUUCAAGACACUUAAAAAACGACGAAAUCUCGUGGUUCCGGUGCGCGAAAUGUCCGUACAAAUCAAAAAUCAAACACAUUUUGAACAUCCACAUAAUCAAUAACCAUUUGAGUGAUAACGAAGUGGUGUGGUACUACUGCGAGAACUGUUCAUACAAAGCUAAACACAAAUAUAGGUUAAAGGAACACAUACAUGCAGUGCAUCGGAAUGAAAGAGAUACCACGAGGUACACCUGUGACCAGUGUCCCUACAUCACCAAUUCCAGACGGUACUUAAACCGACACGUAAACCGAAAACACCGAAAUAAAGACUGGUACGAGUGUGAUAGAUGUCCGUACAAAGCUAGAUACAAGCACAAUUUAAAAUCGCACACGAACACGGUCCACCGUAACGAAAAAGACACUAAGUGCUACAGCUGUGACCAAUGCCCGUACAAAACCCACGGUCCUCUCUACCUCAAACGUCACAUGAUCACCCAUCAAAGCGAAGACGAAAUCUCGUGGUUCUACUGUGAAAAAUGUUCAUACAAAGCUAAACACAAAGGUAACUUGAAAAGACACAUGGAAGUGUACCAUUCGGGCAAAAACGACGUGAUUUGGUUCGAGUGUAAGGAGUGCCCAUAUAAGGUUAAGUCGAAACGGUCGUUGCAGCGGCACGAAGACACCAAACACCUCCUCGGGAACAACACGAAGUGGCACACGUGUGACCAGUGUUUGUACAAGACGAGGGAGAGCCGAGAUCUGAAACACCACAUAAUUAGGAAACACAAAACCGAGAAUGAAAUCGAGUGGUAUCAUUGUGAACGGUGUUCGUAUAAGUCUAAGGUGAAGACGACGUUGAAAGUUCACGUGAAGAUGAUACAUUUCAAGGAGGAUGUGAAGUGGUACGAGUGUGACAAGUGCUCGUUUAAGACGAAGUACUUGUUUAGUUUGAAGAAUCACUCGAUUAGUAAACAUAUGGAUGAGAACGAAAUCCAGUGGCACCGGUGCAAUAUCUGCUCUUUUCGGAGCAAGCUAGUGAGGGGGCUGAGGAACCACGUGGCGUCGGUACACGCGGUUGCGAAGUGAAGAUUUGUUGAUUUUGACGUUGCGUUGUAAUAAG